UUUACUCAGCAGGAACCACAGCCCAGGCAAAAUGAAGCUUUUAAUUAGCAUCAUUUUUUGCUUCCUGGUCCUGGGAGUUAACAGCCAAAGAUGGGGCGAAUUCCUCAAGCAAGCUGGUCAAGGGACUAGAGACAUGUGGCGAGCUUACUCUGACAUGCGGGAAGCCAAUUACAAAAAUUCAGACAAGUACUUCCAUGCCCGAGGGAACUAUGAUGCCGCCCGUAGGGGACCUGGGGGUGCCUGGGCUGCUAAAGUGAUCAGUAAUGCCAGAGAGAAUAUUCAGAGAUUGACAGGCCAUGGAGCAAAGGACUCAAAGGCUGACCAGUUUGCCAACGAAUGGGGCCGGAGUGGCAAAGACCCCAAUCACUUCAGACCUGCUGGCCUGCCUAAGAAGUACUGAGUGUCUUCUCUCUGCUCUCCAGAAAUCUAGCUGUGA